CUUUCAUUUUCCAAAAAACCUCCAUGAGUUCUUUCACUGCUCGGGCUUUUCUGUCACCAAAAACCAUGGUAACACGGCUGGCAGGAGCUGACUGCAGCUAAUGCAGCAAACACCAACACACACACACACACACACAGCUACUGCUGCAAAAGUUCCCCACCAGAGCUGGGCAAUUGACGAUSUGCAACCCCCAAGGGCCGCAGGGCUUCAGCGGCCAGAUUUGAGCUGUAAUCAAAGCGGACAAGUCGAACUUUAUUAUCAAGCACUCGAUACGAGCUGCAGGAUCUGUCGACUGCAAACGACAGCACACAUSAGAGUUUGAAUAUGACUUGGACUGGGCUUUAAGGACCGACACCAAACUUUGCUGCUUUUUAGUUCGGUCUUAAAUUGAACAUUUGAAACUUUUCAUGCUGCUGCUGCGAAGUGUUGAAGCUGAUGACUUGACGAGAGGGCCUGGAAACCUUUCAGUCCCUCUUCACAGUGGUUCCCAGCACAUCCCUUUGACUCUGCCUGGGGCCCAGAGUGGGACACGCAGUCGGGCAUCAACAGGCCGUGAGGACAAACGGGCUUUUGGACCACCAACGUGGUCCCGCGAUGGGGAAGACUGGGCAGAGCACAGUGGACUUGAACUCGCCAUCAGAGGUCAAACAAGCCGUCCCCUCUGAGGAGCUGGAGCCUGCGGUGCCCCCUGAAGAUGAGACGCUGAAAACGGGGGGUCUACCUGAGCGGGGGAGCUGGAAGGGGAAGUUUGAUUUCCUGCUGUCGUGUGUGGGCUACGCCAUUGGUUUAGGAAACGUCUGGAGGUUUCCUUAUCUGUGUGGCAAAAAUGGUGGAGGUGCCUUCCUGAUCCCAUACUUCAUGACCCUGGUGUUUGCUGGGAUACCUCUUUUUUUCCUGGAGACAGCUCUGGGACAGUUCACCUCCGUGGGUGGACUGGGGGUGUGGAAACUCAUCCCCAUGAUGAAAGGUGUUGGUCUGGCUGCAGUUGUCCUCUCCUUUUGGUUAAACAUCUACUACAUCAUCAUCAUCGCUUGGGCUCUUUACUACUUGUUCAACUCCUUUGGUUCGGAGCUUCCUUGGCAGAGCUGUGAUAACUACUGGAACACAGAGGACUGUUUUUCCAACUACAGCCUGGCGGACACCACCAACCUGACCAGUGCUGUCACAGAGUUCUGGGAGCGGAACAUGCACCAGCUGACCGGUGGUCUGGAGGAGCCUGGAAAGCUACGCUGGCCGUUAGUGGGCACUCUGGCUCUGUCAUGGAUCCUGGUCUACUUCUCAAUCUGGAAAGGAGUGGAGUGGACUGGAAAGGUGGUGUAUUUUUCUGCCACCUAUCCGUACUUCAUGCUGUUCAUCCUGUUUUUCCGAGGGAUCACACUUCCCGGCGCCAUAGAUGGCAUCCUCUUCUACAUCACUCCCGACUUCAACAAGCUCGUCCGAUCUGAGGUGUGGCUGGACGCAGCGACUCAGAUCUUCUUCUCCUACGGCCUGGGCCUGGGCUCGCUCAUCGCACUGGGAAGCUACAACACUUACAACAACGAUGUCUACAAGGACUCUGUUAUUGUGUGCUGCAUUAACUCCUGCACCAGCAUGUUUGCUGGAUUUGUCAUCUUCUCUAUUGUUGGCUUCAUGUCGUACAUCACUAAGAGACCUGUGCAGGAACUGGCAGCUUCAGGUCCAGGUUUGGCAUUUUUAGCCUAUCCUCAGGCAGUCACCCAACUCCCCAUGUCUUCUCUAUGGGCCAUCCUGUUUUUCUCUAUGCUCAUGAUGCUCGGCUUGGACAGCCAGUUUUGCACAGUCGAAGGUUUCAUCACAGCCCUCGUGGAUGAGUAUCCUCUGGUGCUGAGGAAGAGGAAGAAGGUCUUCAUCCUCAUUAUUUGCUUGGUCUCCUUCAUCAUUGGUUUCUCCAAUAUCACUCAGGGUGGUUUGUAUGUCUUCAAGCUGUUUGAUUACUACUCGGCCAGCGGGAUGUGUCUUCUCUUCCUCGUCUUUUUCGAAACAGUGUCCAUAGCCUGGUUGUAUGGGGCUGAAAGAUUUUACAAGAACAUCGAGGACAUGAUUGGCUAUCGGCCAUGUGUCUGGUGGAAGCUUUGCUGGCUCUACUUCACGCCUCUGAUCUGCCUGGGGGUGUUCACCUUCAGUGCCAUCGAAAUGACCCCGCUAACCCUUGGAAAGUACGUGUACCCGCUUUGGGGCCAAGUUGUCGGUUGGCUUAUGGCUUUGUCUUCAAUGAUCCUUAUCCCAGGCUAUGCAAUCUACAUGUUCUGCACCACCAAGGGCAGCAUCAAACAGCGUUGGCGGAGGAUGACAACCACCCAGGAGGACAAGAAGCCGUCGGAGCCUGAAGAAUUCACACACGCAGGAAGCGUGGGGGAAGCUCCUGUCUAGCCAAGAUUGCUCAGGUUCAAAUGAUCGGACUGUCAGGACUUAAUGUGGUCUUUGGGGGAAAAUUUGACAAAUGGGCGAGUGAAGUGUGCAGAGGAAAAAGCACUUCACUUGUUUGACUCCGGCUCACAUCGCAGUGGGAAACUUUUGAUAAAUGAAGAAGACAUUUCCUUUGGCAGUAAAACCUCUGACCACAAACUGAAUGGAACUGUAGCUCUUCGCUGCUCCUGUACAUCUGGACUGAAGUCACCACUUUUGUUUCUGAGCUUCCCAUUAAUGUCCUGAAAGUUGUCCAGAUGAAUUAAAAAAUCUGGAACAUUUGGAUAUAAAGCGUAUAAGUAGAGUAAAUCAAAUUGUUUACUCUACUUUCAUGCUUUUAUGACGUGUCAAAAAAAUAAAUAUAAUUUUUAAGUGAAUUUAGGUAUAACAGUCACCCCACACAAUUAAAUAUUUUUUUUAGAUUCAUGCUUUUAGCUUUGAGUUCUGUUUAUUAAAUAAUGUUCAUGACAUGUUUAGGACUUUAGAAAACUACAUAUUAUUGUAAUAAAAUUGCUAAAACUUGUAAAUUUUGAAAAAUAAAGGAAAAAGACAAAAAAUGCACAUCUAAAGCACUUUAAUGAGCUCGGUGAGAAUACUUGGAUCUUUUAAAGGACUUUGAGCUUAUACUCUUAUCCAUAAAUAGGGGUUUAAAUGCACAGUUAUAACAUUAAAUAGCUACAGGUCUGCACAGCUUUAGUACUAUAAUACUGCUUUUAAGUCCUUUAGCAUUUAAUCAUUGGUUUUGUCAGUGUCUAUAAAAAAAUAUUGGGACUUUUUUAUCAACCUAAAAGAGUGUUUUGUGGCCCGUAUCAGCAUAGUUACAUUUUAAGUAAAAACACCAAUGACAUAAUUUAUUUAAGUGAUUUCUUUUAAACAGUUUGGGGAAAAUACUUCGUAAAUUAACCAACAUUUAAAAAUCCUUCAAUUUAUUUUCACAGCAGUAAUAGACUUAACUACGUUUGCAUGCUGUAAGGUCUAUAACACUUUGAAGUGUUUAUCUUUUCGGCUGGAUUGACAAAUUAUGAGAUGUGCCUCAGUUUUCAUGUCAGUAAAAACUGAUUAAAAACAUAAUUCUACAACGUGAUGCCAUUCUUUAUUGUCAGUAAGUCCCACUGUGACAAGGAAAUGACUCCGGUAACUGUCAAUAUAUAGUUUGCAGAAAAGUUGCAUUAUAUAAGUAAACAGUACUAUGUCUCAUUCAUCUUCCAUUUCAAUCCUUAUGUUCUCCUUAUUAACACCAAACACACCAAAAUGAUGAAGUGUCAAAUCAUCUGAAACACAUCAUCUUUUUUGUAUUUGCUCCUGAUGGGACUAUUAUUCACUAAGUAAAAAUCAUGCUCUGUUAAACAAGAUGCAAAACUAGAGAUUCAGACCAAACGAUAAGUCAAACCAUUUCUUUCACAUAUUAAUGAGAUCUUUCUUUUUUUAAUGUGCUGAUAAUAAAUAAACUAGAAAAGUUGCUGGAGAAUGCAUUCAAUAUUUUACUCUAUUAACGUGUCUGCUAUGCAAUAGUAUAAAUGUGACAUAAAUAAUGGUGAGUAAAGUCAAGACUUAAUUCUUUUUGUAUUAGCAUUUUCAUAUUAAAGCUGUUGUGUUCAGCUUCCAUUGUGCUGACAGAUAAAACUGUGCAAAACCCUGUUUAGUUUCUGAAUAACUUAAUAAAGUUAAACCCAAUAACUGAGGCAGAACGUUGGGGUGAAUCGACUUAAAUCAUCUUUAAUUGCAUGUUGAUAUACUAGAAAGAGAAAUCGAGGGGGAUUCAAAGCCAACUGAGGGACAAGAUGGCAACACUCAGUGUCCACCGGUUUAUGACCUUUCUGUAUGAGAAUGAGCAAACAGUGUGGGGAAAACCCAACAAGAUCAUGACGCUGGCACGGCAGAGCCCUUUUUUUUAGAAAUAUCUUCAUGAAAGGUUACUUAACAUUUGCUACACUUCCAAAAUGCUACAUUGGAUGUCCUCUCAAAUAUAACAAUAAAGUGUGUCUUGUUCUUAGCACGCAUACUCGUCACAUCUGCUCCCCAAAAUGCUUACUGUUCAAAUUGUGCUGCUAAAAACAAAGGAGUCAUAAAAUACAGAAACAAAAAAAGAAGAAUUUAACAGGCGAGUGCUUUGUCAUGAGGCACUGAAACAUACCUGCUA